AUGUAAAUUUUAGAUCAACAAUAGACAAAUUACAAACCUCCAUCAAAACCUCCUAGAAGUUAAAACAUAUCCAAAUAUUUCUAAUUAAUGAAAUUCUCAUCUAAUCAUUAUGAGAUUAAAUUCUUAAAAAACUUACAACUUUAAUUAUACAGCAUAACAUUUGCAAAAGAAUUACCUUAAGAAUAAUAGAAUGAAUUAAUUAUAUAUGCUACAGGCUCUUCUUAGUUUAUAAGAAAAAAUGGAAUUAAUAGAUUUUGGAUUAGUGGGUAUAAUUUAUGGACUUUUGAAUAUGUAGAAAAAUCUUUCUAAGUACCUGGAUGUAAACAACUAUAAAAUAUUAACUUAAUUAUCAAACAUGCUAAAACAUAUAAUCUAACAUAAAAUUUAGAUUAGAUUCCUCCUGAAAGUCUUAAAUAAGCUAUGAAUGCUAUACUAAGUUAAAUAUAUCAAGAAAGAAAUCUAAAAUAGAUAUUUAGAAAAGGUUAAUUCUUUGAUAAAGAUAAGAUUGAAAAAAUUAAUGAUGUUUAGAUUUUAUAAGGAUUUACAAGUGUUCUAUAAAUUGGCUAAACAUCACCAUUAUUAUUAAUAGAUUUUAAAACAAAGAUAUUUAAUAAAUAGACAGUAUUGCAGUUUAUAAAAGAUAAUAAGAAAUCUAAAAAUCCUAUUGAUCUUUAAUAAUUCUUUGAAAAUAAAACAUUUAUGACUAUAUAUUCAAAAAGAAUGUAUAGAAUAAAAUCAAUUGAUUUAAAAUCUAAUCCUACUUUCAAAAUGGAAUCCUCGAACAUUACUUAUGAACAAUAUUAUUAUUAAAGAUAUAAAAUUAAACUGAGUGAUUUAACAUAACCUUUAUUAGUGCAUGAAGAUAGAAAAACAAAAUAAAUUAUAAGACUUAUACCAGAAUUAUUGUACAUGAUUGAAUUGACAAAUACUUAAAAAAACAAUUUUAAAGUUAUGAGUAAUAUAAAAUAAUAGACAACUUUGGAUCCCUUAGAAAGAAGUUCUAAAAUUGAUAAUGAAAGGGCAUUGCUUGAUAAAUAUUUUACAAAUCAUUCAAUUAGUCUAUCAAAUAAUUCAGUUACACCUGCAUAUAAAAUUAUUAAACCAACUUUAUUUCCUGAAGCUAAUAUCAAAUAGACAGAUGGAGCAUGUUUUAAUUUAAGAGGUAAAUUAAUAGAAUAAUCAAAUAUCAAUAAUUGGAUAUUGAUACAUUAUAAUGAAGAAUAACAAAUUGCAAAUCUAUUUACUUAAGAAUUCAUAAAAUCUACUAAAGAAUUGGGUAAUUAAAUUAAUGCACCAAAAAAAAUAGUAAUGAAUAAUUUAGAUCCUGCAUAAUGGUCAUAAACAUUACUAAAUAAUUUUAAUACUAAUGGAAAACCAUAGAUUGUUAUAUCAAUUUUAGACAGACAUGAAGAUUCCAAACUCUAUUUUGAAUUAAAAAGGUUUUUAAUAUCUGGUUAAGGAGUCUUACAUUAAAAUGUUUCAAUCUAAACAGUUGAUUCCAAAAAAUUCUCAAAAAUUGCUUAAUAAAUAGUAAAAUAGGUUCAUAGUAAAAUAGGAAAGUAAUUGUGGAAUAUAUAAAAAAUAACUGAAGUUUCUGAUAAGAUUAUGAUUAUAGGUAUUGAUGUUUAUCAUAAAACACUUAUAAAUAAUAAAUCUUGUGUAGGAUUUAAUGCUUAAUUUGGUUAAUAAAGUGAUAAACAUUUUACAAAAACCCUUAUUGUUGAAAAAGGAAAAGAAUUAAAUAAAGGAGUUGGUUAAUUAUUAAAUUAAAGUUUACAAUAAUAUUAAAAAUCAAAUAAAUAUUAUCCAGAUACAAUUAUCAUAUUUCGAGAUGGAGUAGGUAAUUCAUAAAUUGAUGAUUUAAUUGAAAUAGAACUUAAAUCUAUGAAAUCUGUUAUUUAAUAGACAUAUAAUAUUAAAUUACCUCAAUUUGCAUAUAUUUUAGUAAAUAAAAGGAUAAGUGAUAAAUUUUUCUCACCAAAUAAUGAAAAUAAUGGAAUGAUAUUUCCAGAAAGAAUAACAUCCAAAGAAUUUGACUUUUUUUUAAUAGCUUAAUAAGUUAAUUAAGGUACACCAAUACCAACUCAUUAUACUGUGAUUGAAAAUACAACUAAUUGGAAUGAAGAUACUUUUUGGAGAUUCACUUACUUUUAAUGUUUUAAUUAUAGAAAUUGGUCAGGACCAGUUAAAAUACCUGCUUGUCUAUAAAAUGCUCAUACAGUAGCAUAUAGAGUAGGAGAAGUUAUCUAGAGUGAUGCUCAUGCAGCAUUAGAAAGUUUAUUGUAUUUUUUAUGA